AUGAAGCCCAGAAGAAUCAUUUUGAUGGGUCUUCGACGAAGCGGCAAGUCUUCGAUUCAAAAAGUCGUCUUUUAUAAAAUGCCGCCGAACGAAACUUUGUUUCUGGAAUCUACAGCCCGUCUCACACAAGAACACAUUUCCUCGUUCAUUGACUUUUCGGUCUGGGAUUUUCCCGGUCAAGUGGACGUGUUUGACGCAGCUUUUGAUUUUGAAAGCAUCUUCAUUCAAGUUGGAGCACUUAUCUUUGUUAUCGAUGCACAAGAUGAUUAUCUAGAUGCAUUGGCUCGUUUGCAUGUCACUGUUGCUCGUGUUGUAGCCAUUAAUCCCAAUAUCUGUAUUGAAGUAUUUAUACAUAAAGUGGACGGCCUUAGUGAUGAAUUUAAAAUAGACACUCAGCGUGACAUUCAACAGCGAACUCAGGAUGAGCUUGCAGAUAUUGGCCUUGAAAAUGUCCCCAUUUCAUUUCAUCUUACUUCCAUUUUUGACCAUUCCAUCUUUGAAGCCUUCAGUCGUGUCAUUCAAAAACUGAUUCCUCAGCUGCCUACGCUCGAAAAUCUUCUCAAUAUCUUUUGUGCCAAUUCUUUGGUCGAAAAGGCUUACGUUUUCGACGUACUCUCAAAAAUUUAUAUCGCUACGGAUAGUUCCCCAGUUGACGUUCAAAGUUACGAAAUUUGUUCUGAUUUCAUCGACGUUAUCCUUGAUAUUGGAUCUAUUUAUGGAGGUGCUCGUGAAAACCAUUCCGAGCGACACCCUGAUGCUUUGGACGAAACUUCCUCCAUCAUCCGAUUGUCCAACGACUUGGUCUUGGUUCUACGGGAAAUGAAUCAAUACCUAGCCUUGGUUUGCAUUAUUCGUGCCGAUAACUUCAAGAAAUCGGGGCUGAUUGAAUAUAAUGUUCAAUGCCUCCAAGCAGCCAUUCAGUCCCUCUUUUCUGCCAAGUCGUGA